AUGUCUUGGGUCUGGAUUUUGACAAUAAUACCUAUAACUUUUCAAACCGCACAUGAAUUUCGGGUUAAACUUCCUAGAAGAUGCGAGGAAAUCUCAGUUCCCUUGUGCGUCCGUGUUUUACCAUACAACUUCACCCGCUUCCCAAAUUUGGUUGGCCAUCGCAGCCAAGUGUUGGCUAGACGAUCCAUAGACUACUACAGCUCGACGUUUGUUGAAGACGCGAAUUGUGCCAAGCAUGCCGCGUUUUUCCUCUGCUCCUUCUACCUGCCCAUUUGCUUGCCAGGAAUCGAAGAGGGCGUCAUUAAACCAUGCCGAUUUUUGUGUGAGAAAAUCAAGAAGGACUGUCCCGCGAUUAGGAAGCAAUGGCCAAGUUUUUUGAGGUGUGAAGAGCUCCCCAAGUUCUCGGAUGGAAUGUGUGUUCAGCCCAUGUCGUUUGUUCCCGCUCAUCAGCCCGCACGUAAGUCGCUAAGUAUUCGUUGAGCAGCAAAAUCUGUAGAUAUCGAACUAAUUAUGGUAUCUGUCGAAAAAUCGAUUACCUUUAAUUUUUUUUCGGAAAUAGUGAUAAGAUAGCGAAGAUUGUAGUUCGUCUCUAUGUGUAUCUUUAAGUCUCUUUAGUUGAUUUAUUUUUGAAUGAACCAAGUUCAAAUUCUCCGUUUGGUUCUCUAUGGUAGGAUCCAAAAUUGAAUCCUAAAGGUUACUAUUCUGAACUCACCACGUGUUCUGAAACUAAAACCUUCAGAGGACUUUAGACACAUUUGGACAACAAAACUCUUUCUUUUUCACGAGGUCCUAAUUGGCAACAAUAUUGGCAACAACUCCAAAUAGUGUCAAUCCUUCACGGUGAAUUUUUAACAUUGACCUAAAACGUACCUUUGGAAUGGUCCGUGGUUUCUUUUCUCUGCUCUUAGAGAGAGGCAACAAUUCCAAAUUUGUCAGAGAACGAUUCGACACAUGUAAACAUUAUCGCGAUCCUCUAAUCAAAUGGUAGAUUACCACCAAUAAAGACUUGUAAGAGGAAAAUUAGAACGAUUAUUGUCUUAAGUUGUUGUCAAGAUUUUGAUGCAUUGAGACAUGAGAAGGAACUAAUUAUGAGGGAAAUCGGUCAAAUGAUUUUCAUGGAAGGUUAUUGCUAUCAUUAUAUCAAUGUCACUAUAUCACUGCAACUAUUUACUUGCAUUUCCUUCGUCAUUGACAUUAUCAAUAUCAUUCUGACUAUUGUCAUUAAAAUUUUUUCAUCCAUUAAACGAUGUUAGGUGAUGUAAAGGAUAACUCCUGUGAAAUGGAGCUUCCACUUGAUUACCAGCAUUACGCCAGCAAACAUUUCGAUUAUGGUAAGGAGGUUUAUAUAUCUGUAAUUACUUUAUUACAUGGCCUGUGGCACAAAGGUACGCGAGCGAGCGAGAUGGCCUCAUUUUUCACGAUUGAGAUGGUGCUAUUUGAUCGGUGAGGCUAAAACGUGCUGGUAAACGGCUGAAAUAACUCGAUACGCGAUAAUUUUGUUACAGGACAAGAGUUUCAAGUGGUUUUACAACAACAGAGUCACAAAAACAUGCCUUGACACUCAAGUAAAGAAAAGCACUCCAAGUUUCGAAAAAAACACCCGGCGAUUCUUUAAUUUAAUUUUUUUUGUCAUAUUUUGAAUUCUUUUCUGAUCAUUCUCAACUACUAUAGCCAGACAAUAGCUUCGUUUUAUCUUCCUCUCUCUUUCUUACUCUUUUUUCUCACUUACACCCAAAAGGAUGCAUUUCUGGUCAGUAAUUUCAUAUCGUGACUGGCGAUAGAGAUCGCAUAUAUAUUAAUUGCACUCGAUCUCGAAUAAGUAUAAUCUUUCCGCCUAUGCUAUCAAUUCGCCCGCAAAUUUAAAGUAUCCCUUAAAGUAUCCAUGAAUAAAGGGAGUAAGUUUCUAAAGAAACUGUAGUGCUGCGUCGGCGAGGGAUAUAACAAGAUAGUUUUGUUAUCAACUGAGUUGAUGAGUUGAUAUGAAUCGCCAUCUUAAAGAGUUGUGAAGCUAGUUUUUCAAAUGAUAGCCCUUCGACAAAGCGAAUGACAUGUUCUUACACUACGUUUAUCUAUCCUUUCAGUUAUUAAGUUCAGAGUGAUUCUGUUGGAGGAGUUGGAAAUAAAGGAACAAUAAUCCACGGAAAAGUUGCCAGAGUAUUCAAGCAAGGAAACAAAUUAAUCCACACCGGCCGCAUAAAGAUCUGGAGCAGUACUAAAAAGCUUUGCCCCUCUAUUAAAGCGAGAAGAGCGUUUCUGAUCUGCAGCUAUGAAAGCGCGUCAAGGAAAAAACUUGUGCUGUCAUCGUCAAGUGUAGUGUUGACGUGGAACGCACAGGCUCUCAAACAGAUCAGAAAGUGGCUGCGAUAUGAAAGAAGAAUGAAGCUGACGGAGUAAGCUUAUACAUUGAAAUGAUGACGAUGAUGCAGAAGGUAUAGUUUUGUGAUUUUAAUUUAUCUUCCCGGUGAAGUGAAUGCAGCUUUCACUAAGUGAAAGCUGUUGACUACAAGUUUCUUUAUCGCCACUAUUUCAAAACGCUUAAAGCUGGAAAAAGAGAUACUAUUUAAGAGUGCCUAUGGGUCUCUCCUUGACAUGUUAACACUUGGUUCCGAAAAAAGGUCAGACAUCGUUCAUAAUUCUUAUUCCUCUUAGAUCUCAUUUGGAUCAGUUUCCGCUGAUCUCAGCCUGCUUUUCAGCAACUAUGAGUCGCAUACGAAGUGAGUAAAUCACGCUGAGAGGAUUACUCGGUAAACUUUACAUGAAUUCAAUCCGCCAUUUCCGGAUUACCUUUAGCUUUUUUUUCAAAACGAAGCCUGGUGCUCAACCAUUCGUAAGAAAAUUAAUCUAAUUUGCCUAUGAAUAAAAACAUAUUUUCAUAUGAAAGUAGCACCAGGACUCGCUUUGAGAAAUAGGCCAAAGGUAAUUCAGAAAUGGGAAAUUACCCUAAUCCUUGAUUUUUUUUUUUUCAUGUUUUGCAGCACGGUGCGUUUAACCUCAGA